AUGGGUCGUGGUGUCAGUGCUGGUGGUGGUCAGAGUUCCUUGGGUUACCUCUUCGGCAGUGGGGAGCCUGCCAGCAAUGUCCAAAGCACGAACCAGCCUGCAAAUGGUGCACGCACUCAAAAUGCUAGUGCUCCUUCACCAUCAGUUGAGAAGCAAAGUCCAGCACCAGUUGAAAAGCAAAGUCCAGCACCAGUUGAAAAGCAAAGUCCAGCACCGGUUGAAAAGCAAAUUCCAGCUGGAAUUCCUGGGAGUCUCAAAAACAAUUACCAUCGUGCUGAUGGCCAAAACUGUGGCAACUUUCUCACUGAUCGGCCAUCUACCAAGGUUCAUGCUGCCCCAGGUGGUGGAUCUUCCUUGGGAUACCUCUUCGGUGGUCCUCCAGGGAACUAA